ACACACACACACACACACACACACACAUGCGGUUGGAGUGUGUGCACAAAAAGGGUGGAGUCGGUGGAUUGGGACUUUUUUUCACCCGAGGGGAUCAGAUCUAGACUUGAUGCGCCGGAAAGGAAUCUAAGGUGAGGUUACCAGAGAAUUACGCUGCAGCCCAGCGGAAAGCGUUUCAGUUUAAUUCAAGAUUGAAACCAUAUCCGGUGCUAAUUCCUGUGACCAGAUUUUUAUUUGGUAACAUCUAGAGGAGAAAGUCCAUUUAUGUACAGUCAUGGAGCGCGCCGCAUCGGCUCUGCAGUGCGUCCAGCCUUCGCCGCGAGCAGCGCGUAAAAGCGAGUGGCUACGGAGCGCACUGGCCCAUCACCACUGCCCCGAUCCCGGCGUGGAAAACGAAAUCGUCGUCUUGGCCACUGGAAUAGACCAAUACCUGCAGGAGGUCUUCCACCACCUUGCUUACACCAACCGGGACGAUACAGUGUCGGCGGAGGAUUUCACUGCGCUCUGCGCCGUGCUGGGGCUCACCGGAGCCGAGAAAGGAAAGAGGACUGUGGAUGGAGAAACUGGAGAUGUAGAGAAAGAUGAAGAGGACGAAGAGUUUAGGGAUGUAUGUUCUGGGUUGCCCUGCCAGCUGUCCUUUAAAGACUUCCACUCGCGUCUGUGUGGGUAUUUCCGUGUGCGCAGUACACGCAAAGGCACCGGGGACUGUGCCUGGCGACUGCCCGUUACAGAGGACACGGAGCUGGUGGAGCGACAGAUCCGGCUCCGGUGGCCGCGAGUCAGGCGGAGAAAAUGUGUCAGUUUUGAUCUUACGAGGGAUCAGAAUGGACCAGUUCACAGAUUUAUUAAAAGUCGAACCACAGAAGACCGUGAGUCAGAGGAGGCAGCAGCUCUGAGGGAGUUGGUGGAGGACCUCCGCUCGGCGCUGCAGGGGAGCGAUGCUCGCUGCCUGGCCCUGGAGGUGGCCCUUCGACGGGAGAGGAGCCGCACCCUCCCCUCUCCCUCCGGUUUUAAAUCCACUGUUUCAACUCCUACAACUUCCAUCACCCUCGUACAGGGAAAACUGGUGCCAACUCUCAGAAUUAAAGGACAGCUGAGUGCUGCUGGAGGAGACGGGGUGAGGAGGUUGGUGAGGAGACGGGAUAUGAGAGACCCCCUUUUAAGGGAGCUGAAGCUGAUCCGCUCCUCACGUGAUGGGCAGCUGGAGGAGGCCAUCAAAUUUAAUGAACGUCUAGAGGAGGAGGUGCGAUGGGCAUACCAGGAGGUUCGCAAGCUGCAGGGGGUGGAGUCUGCACUGAGGAAGGAGAACGCUCAGAUCAGGAGGCGAGCGGAGGAGGCCAGGGAGGCUCUGAGCUUGGGGCUUCAGAGGGUUCGGAUGAUCCAGGAACAGGCCCAGUCUGUGCCGCAGCUCCAGUCCAGGAUCACCCAGCUGGAGACUGAGCUGCACCAGUACAGAUCCCUCUGCACCUGCAUCCCUGAUCCUGCCCGUCAACAUACUUACUCAGUCGGAGAAGAGACCUGCAGCAAGACAGAUGCAGAGUGUCUGCAGAGAGCAGUGGAGGGGAGAGCUGCUUCUGAUGAAGAGGAGGAUGACAGGGGGAUGAAGGAGGAAGGACAGUGCUGCCUGUUGGAGGUGAAGAAGCACAUCAGCCGACUGCACAGCUGUGGCAAAGGAUGUCAGAAGCACGUAGUCCAUCAGCUGCUCUCUCAGAGCCGCCUGCAUGACAAAAACCUCAUCAGCACUUCUAAGGACAGCAGGGAGCACUGCAGCUGGAAGGAACCAAACCAACAGCAUCCAGAAGGCUGCAGAAGCUGUGAAGAGGAGAAGAGGACAGAGGAAGAGGAGGACAAGACAAGGCUGGAGGAGAAAGAAAAGACCCAUCUGUCUUUACUGGAGGAAAAACUCAGAGACACUCUGACAUUGCUGCUGCAGCUACGCAACAAGAACGUGUCCCGCAGGGUGCUGGGGAAGAUUGUGAUGGACACUCUGGAUGUGUACAGUAGGAGUGGAGAUGCUCCAUCUCAGGUCCUGCAGGUAGCCGACGCCCUGUGCAUGCGCUUAUCCUCCAGUGAUCUCCUGGCAGACGAGGAGGAUGAUGGAGGGGGAGAGAGAGGAGGGAACCUCCUGGUUCCACCUUCAGGGUGUCAAACCAGCGGUGUCAACCCUCUGCUCAUCUCCUGUUAACUAAGCUACUACUGUGGUACCUACAGUAUCUAUAAUGGUACGGAACAAGUGCUGAAGUGCUCUUUUCUCUGUUUCUCCAUUUAUCUCUUUAGCUAUUUUUGCACCCAUAGAAGUUCUACAGUUCUAUAUCCCAGAUUUUGAAAUUGGUUAAAUGUAUUUAAACGUAAAUUUUAUAUUCUUUAAUGUACUAG